AAAUAGCAAUCAGUUUAAUGUUUAGAUUUCUCCCUCCUGCUGUAUUGAAUCCAUACUAAACUGUGACUUCAAUACCGAGGUAUUAUGUACCGUCACACCCCUAAUAAAUAAAUAAAUAAAUAAAUAAAUAUAUAUAUAUAACCAAACAUUAAAAAAAAUAAUAAAUAAAAAACAAAGAAUAUGUAUAUAGCUUUUACAUGGGGAAAGCAUUUAAAGUUUGUUUUAAAAACUAGGUAAUGCAAAUCUGAGUGCACAGCAUAAACUAACAAUCCAAUAUCCAGUUUUAAAAUCUACUGAAUUCUAACAGUGUAAGAAAAUUAGACACUGUAAAAUUAGUUUGACUUUUUUGACCUGUGAUUGACCUGCCUCAUGUAACCUAUGAGGUAAUUGGCUAUUUUCACAAUCAUUCAUCCAUAAUAAUGUCUUUAAAAGUGCAAAUACCCUAUCAGGUCAAAUACAUUUGGCAGCUGUAGUUGAGCUCAAUCUUUGGGAUGCUUCUCUUUCUUUACACGCUCUUGCUUUUCAGUCUGCUUCAUGCAAAGGCAGGCAACAUUCCUUGCCGAAUGUUUGGAGACCCGAAGUACCCACUACUUUUCAGGGAUGGAGAUGUUAAUAUUGGGGCACUUUUUCCAAUCCACAGCAUAGAGACAUUACCUUCAUUUGAGUUUACACGUAAACCUCAGCUUCUAUCAUGCUCCAGUGUGAAUCUGAGAGAUUUUCGUCUGGCUCAAAUCAUGAUCUUUGCCAUUGAGGAGAUUAACAGAAGUGAAAGUUUACUCCCAAAUGUUUCUAUUGGCUACAAAAUUUAUGAUACCUGUAGUUCAAGAAUGUCAUCUAUGAGUGCAACUAUGGGACUGAUGAAUGGUCCAGAGUUUGUAGCAGGGGACAUAUGCAAUGGACAGUCUCCUAUACAUGCCAUUAUUGGAGAAACAGAGUCUUCUGCCACAGUGAUUCUGUCCAGAACUACAGGACCUUUUAAAAUUCCAGUGAUAAGUCAUGCAGCCUCUUGUGAAUGUCUUAGUAAUAGGAGAGAUUACCCCUCAUUCUUCAGAACUAUUGCUAGUGAUUACCACCAAGGCAGAGCACUUGCUUACAUUGUCAAACACUUUGGCUGGACAUGGGUGGGAGCUGUGAACAGUGACAAUGACUAUGGAAACAAUGGAAUGGCCAUAUUUCUGAAUACAGCACAGAAGGAGGGGAUCUGUGUGGAGUACUCUGUGAAAUUCUAUCGAACAGAGGCAGAAAAACUCAAAAAAGUCAUAGACACAAUUAAAAAAAGCACUGCAAAAGUGAUUGUUGCAUUUAUUUCAUUUCUUGAGAUGGGCUUACUUAUCGAUCAGCUAAGUAUUCAGAACAUCACUGGCCUCCAAAUGGUCGGUGUGGAGGGGUGGAUAACUUCAAAGAGUUUAAUCACUCCAAAAACCUUUCGUGUGCUGGGAGGGUCACUGGGAUUUGCAGUGAGAAAAAUCUAUAUUGAAGGUUUUGCAGAUUAUGUUCUAAAUGCAUUCUGGGACACAGCUUUUCCAUGCUCACAGAGUCAGGGGAAUGAUUCUCAGGUCAAAUUAAAUUGCAGCAAAUAUCAAGAUUUACUUGCGCUGAAAAAUUACAAUGAAGAUGUGCCUGAACAUAGAUUUUCAAGCAACGUCUAUAAAGCAGUUUAUGCUGUGGCUAAUUCACUACACAGUCUACUGAAGUGCAAAGAACCAGAAGGUUGUGAGAAAGACCUGAUAAUACAACCACAACAGGUGGUUGAGGCUCUGAAAAAGGUAAAUUUCACCGUAAAGAUGGGAGAUCAUGUGUGGUUUGACAGCACUGGUGCCACGAUAGCCCAAUAUGAAGUUGUGAACUGGCAGCAGGACUCUGGUGGAUCAAUUCAGUUUAAACCAGUAGGAUACUAUGAUGCCUCACUAACCCCUGACCAGCACUUUGUGGUUAACACUGAAAACAUAAUCUGGGCUGGAGGAAAGCUGAAGAAACCAAGUUCUGUGUGCAGUGAGAGCUGUCCUCCAGGCACUAGAAAGGCUGCACUGAAAGGAAGACCUGUCUGCUGUUAUGACUGUAUUCCAUGUGCAGAUGGAGAAAUCAGUAAUGAGACAGAUUCAAUUAACUGCAAGCAGUGUCCAAAGGAUUACUGGUCUAAUGCUGAGAAAAAUAAAUGUGUGUUAAAGACUGUAGAGUUUUUGUCAUUUACAGAAGUUAUGGGUGUAGUGCUAGUCAUUUUCUCACUGUUUGGAGUAGGAUUAACUGUGCUGGUGGCCAUCCUGUUUUACAGCAAUAAGGACACCCCUAUAGUAAAAGCCAACAACUCAGAGCUGAGCUUCCUGCUGCUCUUUUCAUUGACUCUGUGUUUCCUCUGUUCUAUUACUUUCAUUGGUCAGCCCACUGAGUGGUCCUGUAUGUUGCGUCACACAGCAUUUGGGAUCACUUUUGUCCUCUGUAUCUCCUGUGUUCUGGGGAAAACAAUAGUGGUGUUAAUGGCCUUCAAGGCCACAGUUCCGGGAAGUAAUAUCAUGAAAUGGUUUGGGCCUUCACAACAACGACUCAGUGUUCUUGCUUUUACACUUAUACAACUUCUAAUCUGUGUGCUAUGGCUGACAAUUUCUCCUCCAUUUCCCCAGAAAAAUACGAAAUAUUAUAAGGAAAAGAUCAUUCUCGAGUGCAGUCUAGGUUCUACUCUUGGUUUCUGGGCUGUCCUAGGUUAUAUUGGCCUACUGGCUGUUUUGUGUUUCAUUCUUGCUUUUCUGGCUCGCACGCUGCCUGAUAACUUCAAUGAAGCCAAAUUCAUCACAUUCAGUAUGCUAAUAUUCUGUGCCGUAUGGAUCACAUUUAUUCCAGCUUAUGUCAGUUCUCCUGGAAAAUUCACAGUAGCUGUGGAGAUAUUUGCUAUUUUAUUCUCAAGUGUUGGUUUACUAUUCUGCAUUUUUGCCCCUAAAUGUUAUAUCAUCUUGCUUAAGCCUGAACAAAAUACAAAGCAACAUAUGAUGGGAAAACAACAUCUAAGUUCAAUUGACAAAUAGAACAACAUGUUUAUAUUAUUUUGCAAGUUAUAUAUAUGUAUAACUAUAGUUAUUUGUAAGAAUGUUUGAAUGUUUGUGUACACCUAGGGGGGGUUGGGGGUGGUGAUGGUCUCAUGUCUGUAACAUUGAACUGUGAUGUGAUGCAACCUGAAAAACAGGCUGAUGCAAAGGCUCCUAACAUUUCUACCCCUCUGAGAGAAAAGUUCAUAGGUGUCUCUACAAACACAGAAUGAUGCAAAUAUAUCCCUAAAGCCCAGCUGGAAAAUACACCAUAUUGUUGUCACAAACAUCAAGGGAGUGACAUUGUUUUCAACAACAAAGACAAUGAAAAAAACAUGAUGCAAUUGACUGUUAAAUGAGGUGUAAUUAUUUAAUUGUUUAUGGUGGGUUUUUGAAAUGUCAAAUACAAAUGAAUGAGAUGUAAAACAAUAUAAAAAAGUAUGAAAAUGUGAAAUAUUAUAUUCAAUUAUAUUAUGAAAGAUGAGAAUAGAGAGAAAUAUAUAAGUGGGAUUUUAAAUCACAUACAUAUAUCUUCCAAAGUUUCUACCUUCAGAUAUGUGUUGACACGACAUGUCAAGCAAUGACACUAUUUCUCUGCUGUGAUUUGGGCUGCAAUAAUAAAAUAAUAUAAAAUUAUUAAUAAAAUUAAUAUAAUACUAUUUUGAACAAGGUUUUAUUUUGUAAUUACUAUACAUGCAGUUUUAAUAACUCAUAGUAUCAAGACAGUACUGUACAUUAUUUAAAAAUGUAUUUAUCAAAGUGUAGGACUGUACAGCAUGUAAAUUUGCAUAAAUGUAAUGCAAACAGUUAUACUAUUCUUUAUUUAUCCACCUUAUUAAUUGGUUUAGUUACUUAGUUGCUAUUUAUCCUUCUGGUUUAAUGUUUUCACUGUUUGAAUAUACAUGAGUUCUGGUUGGCUCGAAUCCUGAUCUUUGCAUUGAGGAAAUUAACUAAUUUCUAUUGGCUAUCAAAUCUGUCCACAUAAUAGGCAAUUUUGGCCUGAAUGUGGCCUAAAGCUGGAGCUGCUGGUCUCCUGUCGGCAGCGGCAUGCAUCCUGUUGGACAAAACUGGGCCAUGUGUGGCAAUGAUGGUACAGCAUGAGUGAUGGCAGACAACAUCAGGGCUGAUUGUUGGGGAAAGGUGUGUGUGGCCCAGAUCAGGCUUCUGAAAUUUUUGUUGUUAGAAAGAGAUAUUUUUGCCAAAUUCACUGAAAAUAAUUCAUAAAUAAGUAUAGGAUAUUUCUAAAUUGUUAUAUUGAGGUAUUUUAUAUUGUACACGAUACAUUUGAAGUUUAAUACAAAAUAUUAAAAUCUAUACAAAUACAGUAUAUGUUGUUUGAGAGUGUAGAAAGACCUAUAUAGAGUGCUGCAGGGACGACAUAUUUUUGUAGGCCAAAACCCAGAAGUGCAUUUUAGCACUUACGGGUUCCACUGUG